CUAGGCAAUGUUACACCGGGUUCUCUUCUUGGCGGUGCAUUCGUACUCCACAACUCAACGAGAGAGCGCGACUUUAACGCCGCGAAGAGAGGAACCCCCUAACGCUGCAGAGGAACUACUCCACGGUUGCGGUUGAAGUCACUGGCUCAGUUCCACUACGGUUGCCGACUCGUGCAGAAGCAACGCUUCGGAAGUUUGGUGCGGUGUUUACGUUGCUGAGUGCAACAAAGUUCUUAGAGGUACCAGCGGGAGAGAGAAUCGAAAUCCCCGAAGAAAUGGUCCGCAGGUCGUGAGUUCUUUAAGGAUCAACUCGAACUCGUUGGGGUUCGUUGCUUGUUCAUCCUGUCCGUGCGUUCAAGUCUUCCGCGGGAUUAACUGUUGUGUUGUUGUUGCUGGGGUUGCAAAUUGUCUCGAAGUUCUGUUGUUUGGGGUAGCUGUUGUUGUUGCUGGUGAAUUAUGAGUUGGUUGCGGAAAGGAAAAGAAGUUAUGAUAAUGAGGCUGCUCGCAAUGAUUGCGCUGAACUAGUUCAAGAAGAGCGCCCGCGCACACACACACACAUACGCACACAAGUAGAAAUUGAAUUAAUUUGCCCAUUUCGGCGCAGAAUUGCAGAGUGAAGAAUUUCUGUAGCGCAAAAUAAGGUGAAAAAAGGAAGAAGAAAAAGCUCGAAGAAUCUGUUAGCUGUUUCGUUCAAAAUUGAUAAUUGUUAAGUGGAAAGUGUGAAACCCAUUAUCAUCGGGAAGAUCAGCAUCGACGGCAGCAGCAGCAGCAGCGAUGUUCUGGAGCACUCGGAAUCUCCGGUGGUCCUCGGCAAAAAUGCAUUUUAUGGCGGUAAUUUGCCUGGUACUGUUGGCGGUAGCGAUGCCAUUGAUGUGUGCUGCUACCGCCACGGAAGCUUCCGGUCAGGAGUCGGCGACACAGGGGCAGGAUUUUGAGGUUCGCUACCUGUCCGGUGAGCCAGACUACAAAUCGGUCAACCUUACCUGGGAGGUGGAACCCCUGGACAGCAGCAGCGCCGAACGGGACGACGAAGAUCCCACCACGGGUGCAACACAUCGGCGGGGGCGCUCGUUCAACGUGUACUACUGUGAGAUGCAAAACUGGGGACCACAUCGGUGCCGGUCCAAAACCCUCACCGAUGACUCCGAGGACAGUGGGAACAGCAAGCAGUACACGAUGACGGUGAAGAAUCUCCGGAUGGCGACCAAGUACUCGUUCCACGUGAAGCCUCAAGUUAGGCGGGGUGACCAGAAGGCCAGUGGGCGGUCCGAGCAGGGAGCAGGACUAGAGGACGAGUUUGACGGGAACGCGAUCAACCAGGGACAGACGAUCGUGAUACCGACCAAAGGAUUCUCCGCCCACGCAACCCAAUGCCUGCCGCACGCGUCCGAAAUCGAGGUCCAAACGGGGCCCUUCUUCGGCGGUCGAAUCGGUUCCGAGAACGGCCAGUGCGGCAUCCAGGGUGACGGCGCGUCCGACCAGGAAAGCUACAUCAUGCGCAUUGACCACGAAAAGUGCGGCAGCCGGGUCAAUCCGUCCGAUCUGACGGUGGAAACUUCGAUCACGGUGCAGGAGAACCUGGGCAUUUUGACGCAUAGUACGCGGAGGUUCGUGGUGGUUUGUACCUUCCAGCCGGACACGCUGACGGUGCGGGCACGGUUGGCACUGCCGAGCAAGGGCAAGGGUGGCGCGUCGGUUGUUCCGCAGAGCGAGUGGUGGCCAACGGGCGGAAGGAACGCCAGGGUGAGGCAGUUCAACAUGGUCGAUAAGAGCAGUUUGGUGCUGAAGGGCUCGGACGAGGAGGAGGUUGAGGAUUUGGUGCCGGCGAAGGUGGAGGAGGUCACGGAGGAGGAGGUUGGGAAUUCCACGGAAGCGAGUGGGGUUGGGAAGCAGGAGUUGAGCUCGAAGGAGAACGAGAUCGCCGAGAGGAAGGUCAACUGGCGACGCGUGGACAAGAGUGAACCUUUGAGAGAUGCAAAGUACGCGCGGUUGUUUGAGAGCAAAAAUGGGGCUGGACCGGUGACGACCGGGGAGGGUGGCGUUGGGGUUAGCGAAUUGGAGACCAGCGAGGGCGACGAGGACGGCUUCAGUUCGCGAGCCUCCGAUGGCGAUCGGUCGCUAGACUUGCCAGGACUGCUAAUUUCCGCCUGUUUGGCCGUGAUCAUGAUUGGAGCGUUCGUGUACGUGCUCCAGAAGGAGUUCAAGAAGCAGCGAAUAAUCCAGCAAAUUCACCAGCACCAGCAGAUGCAGCGACCUCCGGCGGCGAGCCGGAUGCCGACCUUCUGAACUAGGGUGGUUCGUGAAAUUGUGGCAGUUAAAGUGCCCCAGUGAGAUUAGUGAUAACAAAAAAGAGAGAGUAGAAUAAUUUUAAUUCUUAAAGUAGCCGUGUGUGCGCGCGACUGGUAACGUUUAAAAAGAUAAGUUUUAAAGUUUCUAGCCGGAGACUACCAUCAUCCAAUCACUCACUUUUCCGCGUAACGAAACGUAAUUCUAUGCUCGUUUGUUUUGUUGAAAUGCUUUUCACUUUAGCAAGUUUCAAUUUCUUAAAAAUGACUGAGCAUAAUCAUGCCUUUACCAUAUCUCCUCAUCAACUCAUCCAACUCAUCAACCUUCCCAUAUUUAAGUUACUAUUUAAAAUCAUCACGAACUAUGAUUAAGAGAUGCACACUCACAGUUAGGUAGGCAAGUGUACAAAACCUUUUCGAAAGCGAGAAAUAAAAAGAAGAAAAUUAUUUUGAAAUAGCAACUUAAGCUAAUCUUACUCUUGCCAGACAGUGAAUAAGCCCCGAAAAACACUUAACUUAAUCCUCAAACGUAGCUUGUAAGCAACUAGUUUGUAAGAUUUUACAAAAGAAAACCUAUCCCUCAAAAACUAUCCGCUGUAAGCUCACAAAAAGUCUGUAAUAAAACAA